CACACAUCGAGCGUGUGGUGUGUUCAUGCUCCUCCACUGCCAGUCGGACUGAGCUGCACUCAGAAGAGAGAAGCGCCGCAAUUUGAGGUCUUCUCCGUCGACACUUUUUCUUUGAGUUCUUGUUAUUUCUGGACGUCCUUUUCCUCAAUGAACGAGAGGUUGAGGUGUCGGACUUUGGAUGAAGUUGGAGUUUUUAGCUAAGCCCAACAAUGUGACCAUGCUGAGAUGAGGCAUUGACUGUUCUCCUCCCUUGUUGGAUUUACUAGUAUCUUUUAUUGAGCCAGAGACGUGGAGACUCAACAAUGGGCAAACUUCAAUCCAAACACGCGUGUAAGCGCAGAGAGAACCCAGAAGGGGACAGUUUUGUUGUGAACGCCUUCCUGCGGAGAGGGUUAGACGAAUGCGAGCGCUACGGAGGGAUGGAUUACAAGAUGAAAAACAUGCAGGAAUUUCCACAUGGCCAUUCGAAGGAGGGUGCAGACCGACACUGCCCCCUAGAGGUUGCCCUCCCUCCAGAGAAAGCUGAGGGCUGCCAGAACUACCUGCAGUAUCUUCACGCACAGGACAGAGAGCGGGAAAUUAAAGUUUCAGGGAAGAAACGCAUCAGUCUGGAUGACUUGGAGUGUGACGUUUCAGUGGAGGACGACAACCGUCAGGAGUGGAUCUUCACGCUUUACGACUUUGACAACAGUGGCAAAGUGACAAAGGAGGAUAUGUCCAGCCUGAUGCACACCAUCUAUGAUGUAGUGGACGCCUCUGUCAAUCAUUCCUGCAAUAACAAAAGCAAGACGCUACGUGUCAAGCUGACUGUCACACCGGAGCCUCGGUGCCAUAAAAAAGAAACAGGCACGGAUCGCUGUCACCAAGAAUCUGACAAACGCAUGUCCGCCUACAUCAGCAAGGGACAAAACAAUGAAGCACCAACCACUGAGGGCCAGCAUUACUGUGUGGAUGAGAACACAGAGAGGAGGAAUCACUACCUGGACCUGGCUGGUAUCGAGAACUAUACCUCCAGGUUUGAAGGAACAACAAGCCCCACCUUCCCUCCCCAGGAAAGCCACGUUCGAAGCUCCCAGAGCCAGAGUCGCUCUCGGUCCCACGAAACGGAAGCCCCGAUCGUUCACCAGCGGCGCUCUCAGGUCAUCAGCGACAGUUACAACCCGGCAGAGUUUCGAGGCAAAGGAGCACAGUUCCUGAAGUCACCCAAGGGCACCAACAGAGGAGGGAACAGCGGCGGAAAAUCCACUAAAUGUCAUGGCCACCACCCUCCCCUGCACAGUGGCAGCGCCGUCGCCCAUGGGGGCCAGGAUGUGUACCACUUACCACACCAGGGCCACCACCAGCACCCGCUACAGUACAGUCACAGCAAACGCAUGAGGGCCAAAGCUAGAGAGGCGCUGUCUCCGAGCAAAACGCCUCUCUCCCCGCAUCCUCACCCCCAACAGCAGCAGCCAGGCCUGGAGAGGGAGCAGGUGUCCGCUCCUCCUGGGAGCCCAGGCUUUGUGGUUCCUGUGGUGCAGCGCCAUGAGCACCACCACCACCAUGAACACCACCAUCACCACCACUACCACCAUUACCACCAGACAUGACCGCCUACACUCACGUCGAGCGUUCAGGACCAAGCACAACUCCCAGUCGCGGAUCUUUUGUUCUCUCACAAGCUAUACAGAAAUAUCCUGACUUUUAUAGAGGAGAUUUGUAUCGUGACGCUCUGCCAUCGUGGACUUAAACUUAUUGUCAACACCGAUGAUGUGUGGCGUCGUUUUGAUUUUUUUGUUUGUCAAAUCUUUGCUGGGACUGCUGCCCCCAUUUUUCAGAAACAGGGAUAACACAACAGAAAGCCAAAAGAGGGGAAAACUAACACACCUUUCCCCUCUCCUGAUGCUGUUGCUGCGCCCUGGAAGCUAUUUGUCACAUGGAUCUCAGGUGUAAAGGUGCUGCUUUAUCACAGAGGCCUCUUUGUCUGUGGGGGGUUAUAUUUUUGAAUAUACGGGGUAAGGAGAGAGGUAGGAUAAUGAAAUCACCACUGCCAGUUUUUAUGCAAAAAUAUCCUGCUAUAUGUAUAAAAAUAUAUAUAAAUAUAAACACAUUUUACUGUAUUAUUAUAAUACUGUAUAUGUCA